AUGUUAAAAGGAUAUUGUUUUGCGGUCCUCCUGCUCCUCAGAGUGGUAGCAGGUGUUGUGACGACAUCGACUGUUACUUUAACAAACGGCGUUGGUGUUGUAAUAACUCAACUUACCGUGUUUGACCCGGCAACACAGACUGGAACGACACGAACGGGCACGGCAACGGGUACUCUCACCGGCACAGCUACAACUGGCACGGGAACAGCUACAACUGGCACGGGAACAGCUACAACUGGCACGGGAACAGCUACAACUGGCACGGGAACAACUACAACGGGCACCGGCACAACUACAACGGGCACAGGUACGGGUACGGGUACGGGUACGACUACAACAGGUACAACAACUCCUGGUGUAGCAGCCACUACAACUAGUUCAUCUGCAUCAUCUGUUCUCAGUUCCGGCUCGGGUGCAAGCACGAGUUCGAGUUCGAGAACAAGCUCAGGAGUUGCUACACCCCGCCAGGAUGGAACUAGACCUGAUCCAUCUACAGACUUUACGGCUCCACCAGACGAAGCGGUUACUACUUUAUCUAUUGAUUCAUUCGUCACAAUUACAGAAGGCACAACCAGAACCUACACGUCUUCAAGAGGAAGAACGAGUGACAUGUGGGUUACAGUCGUAAGGGGUGGGCACACGGUUGUUGUGCAAACCACUUUUGCUCAAAGGUUCACAUCUCAGUAUGCUGUUGAAGCCAGACCUAGUUCGGGAUCCAUAGGCUUAGGAACUAUCAGUGGAACCAUUGGGCAAGUGAGAUCAGAUAUGAGAGAAACUGUACGUUACGGCAACGCCCCAAGAAUUUUCUCAAUUGGAUUGUUGCCAUUGGCCUCUACUUUCGCAUUCUUGAUUUACCUUUUUUAA